ACAAGAUCACCUACCUUACCUUAUCCCUGCACAGUGUUGUACCUCGGACGGCGAUUCACUCUCUGAAGGUUCCGCAUAAUGUCGUCUAAGAACGACUCAGUCAGCGCCCAAACAGCAAGCAACAGUGAAGACGCCCGCGGCGAGCUGACCGCCCAGCUUGAGGAUCUGCUUAACACGCUCUCCAACAAGUUUGCCGGUGUGUCGAGCGAGAUAUUUGCCAAAAUGGAUGAGAUGUCGCGCCGUCUAGAUAACCUUGAGGCGCAGUUGAUGGCCAACAAGGACAAGAACUCGAGGUCUGAGUGAUUGGCCGCCUGAUGAUCGUGUUUUGUCCCGCGUCAUGAGGGGCUUUUUAAGGAGUUGGCAGGAUACUGUUGCACGGGAGGGCUAGCUUGGACCUCACGACGGGGUAACGAGCGAGGUAGCGGCUUUGGUUUUAAGUCCAGGCAUUGAGAAAAUCGGCAGACUCUUAAAAUGGGACCGACAUUAUAUUUGCAGGCUCUAACAGCGUUACAGUCACGUAACCUACGCAAACCAAAUUCAAUAUUUAGAGCUCCUCUUUUUCCUCC